UGUCAAAACUAUGGGUAAAGUGUGCAGUGAAUGAUGGGAAAUUUCCUCCCCAAGGCACUGUUCCUAAAAAAAGAGAAUACUCUCUCGUCAUCAGUGGUGUCUGUUUUGGACAACAUUGUCAGCCAAGCAGAAAUAGAUAAAGAUUAUGAAGUUUAUAAAUUUGCUAAUUAUCGGAAAGAGGGCACUCUAAUCGAAGCCUACAAUCGUGGAGGGAGUAGGGAGGUAGAAAGAAUUGCCCGAGAAACUCUACAGCCAUACAUGUAUGACAACGGUGAGGGAACGGUUGUGUCGGAACUUGAAUACCUACACUGGCGUCACCGUAAAAAGGAUGAGGUGGCCAUACCAGUGGACUCUCUGAUGUCUAGUGCUUCCCGUCUGGCUAACGUUAACCCUGAAGAAAGGCGUAUUUGUUGGAAACUUGAGUUUCGUGGAAUGUUGGGAGAAAGCUUGCUGCAUGUGCUCAUCAUGUGCAACACAUCAAUGCACGCGCGUAUCGCACGUGUUCUUCUCAAAAUAUAUCCUCAUCUAGCCUGGGAUAUCAUAGAAGGAGAAGAAUAUUUUGGAGCUAGUGCCUUACAUUUAAGUAUAGCGUACAACAUUUGGGAUUUAGUUCUCCUGAGCGUCGAAGGUGGCGCUAAUAUCAAUCAAAGAGCUACAGGACGAUUUUUCAUGCCGUACGAUCAACAGCGACCAUCUCCUAAAAAGCAGACAGAUUUCGAAGGUUUGUGUUACAUGGGAGAGUAUCCCUUAGCUUGGGCGGCGUGUUGUGAGGAUGAGACAGCCUAUAACAUGUUAUUACGUCGUGGAGCUGAUCCCAAUCUGCAGGACACACUUGGCAACAUGAUUCUCCAUGUAGUGGUCAUCAGGGAUAAGCUGAAAAUGUACGGCUAUGCGUUAAGACAUCCAACUAAGCCAGCCAAGGACAACAUUCUCAAUUGUUGUGGCCUUACUCCACUGACUCUUGCCUGCAAGCUUGGACGAAACAACAUCUUUCGCGAGAUGCUGGAGCUAAGUGCUUUG